AACCCCUUCCUUCCCAGUGUAAUUAGUACAGUGCAGGGGCGGACUGACCAUUUGGAAACUCGGGCACUGCCCGAGGGCCCGGGGUCAGUAGGGGGCCCCAUGAGAUGCCCCUUGUACCUCUUUCAUAGGCUUUUUUUGAGUUUGGGCAAGGACACAGGGGCCCCAUGGUCCCCUAUUGCCCUGGGGCCCCAUGAGUUGUCAGUCCGCCCCUGGAACACACUGUAUUGGUGUCAUUGGGGAUGUCAGUGACACCAAGUCAGUUCCCCCCCAGUGUCAGAAUGCCC